AUGAGGCAGGCUAAUUAUGGCAGUGAUGCCACUCAAAUGACACUCGCCAUGAUCAACAACGUGAACAACGACGAUCUAACCCUGCUUCCACAGCAAAGAGGCAUGAUAGAUCUCUUCAUGGUUCUCUAUGGGUCUUUCAGGUGGGAUGACGUCGCUGCAAAAACGAGAGUAAGAGAUCGCGCUGUACGAGUGAAUCCAAAAAAUACCAAUGCUUCCAAGCCUACGAAUAAAUACUCUAGAAAUGGCUGCGCUUUCGCGAAUGCUCUGAUCCAGAACACAGCCAGCUGGAACUUCUGCGUCGAGAGCAUGUGGGUCCUCGACCCUCAUGUCCCUUCUAGUGUUCAAGCCGAGUUUUGGUCGAUCAAGGACUUACCAGCUGGUCCUCGUAAGCAAAAGGUGUCUAAGUCUUUUUGUACGAUACCAGACGGUUACUCGGCUGGAUUUGGUGGUGGACAAGCUGAAGCGGUCACGCUGACAGCCGAACAUACUCAGGGUAAUCCUAAUUGGAUUACAUUUUGUGGCGGGACACACAUCUGGUAUCAACCUAACAAUAAAGCAGCAGCCCUGAGCAACGCUGAUUUCCUUGAGAAUAUGAUCUUUAACACACCAGAGAUACUCGAGCAUGAUUUUACCCACGGGAAAGGCCAAUUGGGCGAAUAUUAUGGAAAAGAGCCAAUUCGUCCAAGUCCAAGUCUACAAAAACCUACAUACAUCUCACUCACCGCCUCCGCUAAUCAAUUGAAAGGGGCAGGUGGGACAGAUAGGGAAGGGGGGGGUUGGGGGAUUAGGGGGUUGAGGUAG